UUAGUGAAAGCAGUUUGAUCCUCUUCACGGUUUGCUUUAGUAUCAUGGGAAUGUUGGAUAUUUUGCUCCAGGGCUCCAUUUCUUUCUCUCUGUUGGUGGGUCUUGUAGUUCUGCUGAUUUAUUUCAUUGCCUCAUCAAUAUUUAGAUCCCAAUGGCACAAAAACGAGCCACCAGGACCCACACCGCUUCCCUUCCUGGGGAAUCUGCUGCAGAUUGACUUGAAGAAACCUUACAAAACAUUAAUGGAGUUCUACAAGAAAUACGGGCCAGUUUUCACUGUUCAUCUGGGUCCUAAGAAAGUGGUGGUCCUGGCAGGAUACAGGACAGUGAAGGAGGCGCUGGUCAACCACGACGACGUGUUUGGGGACAGAGAUCCAAUGCUGAUUUUUCAGGAACUCAGUCAAGGACACGGCGUAAUCUGGAACAACGGAGAACCUUGGAAAGAAAUGCGCCGCUUCUGUUUGACCAACCUACGAGACUUUGGGAUGGGGAAGAAGGCCUGUGAGGAUAAAAUCAUUGAAGAAUCUCAACACCUCAUUGAAGUGUUUAAAAAACAAAAAGGAAAGGCUUUUGAUACAACCCAGUCCAUAUGCUACGCCGUCUCUAACAUCAUCUGCUCCAUGGUCUAUGGCAGCAGAUUUGAAUAUGAUGAUCCAGAGUUCACAUCUAUGGUAAACAGAAUAACUAAAGGUGCAAUCAUUUUUGGCUCUCCCUCAAUACAAGUCUACAAUAUCUUCCCCACACUUUUCAGAAGGAUUGCCAACAGAAGGAUCCUUCUGGAGAUGAAUGCUGCCAGUCAAAAACAAAACUCUGCCCUCUUCAGCCAUUUAAAAGAAACCCUCAACCCACAGAGGUGCAGAGGAUUAGUGGACGCCUUUCUGGUUCAGAAGCAGAAACUGGAGGAAGCUGGAGUUACCAACAGUCAGUUUCAUGAUGAAAACCUUUUCAUAACCGUCUUCAACCUGUUUGCUGCUGGUACUGAGACCACCUCCACGACGCUGAGGUGGUCUCUCCUCUUCAUGGCCAAGUUCCCACAGUCACAGGACAAAGUUCAGGAAGAGCUGAGACGAGUCGUAGGAGAACGUCAGGUUCAGGUGGCAGACAGGAAAAACCUUCCUUACACUGACGCUGUUCUCCAUGAAACCCAGAGGAUGGCAAACAUCAUCCCAGCGUCUCUUCCACACAAAACCACUCAGGACGUCACAUUCCAGGGUCAUUUCAUCAGGAAGGGAACUACAGUUUAUCCUCUACUGAUGUCUGUCCUCUGUGAUGACAGUGAGUGGGAAAAACCUCACUCCUUUUACCCUCCACACUUCCUGGACAAAGAUGGAAAGUUUAUCAAGCGAAAUGCUUUCAUCCCAUUUUCUGCAGGUCGCAGGAUUUGUCUUGGAGAGAGUCUGGCCAAGAUGGAGCUCUUUAUUUUCUUCUCCACCCUCCUGCAGCACUUCCAUUUCUCUCCUCCACCUGGAGUUUCAGAGGAUGAAUUAGAUCUGACGCCGCAGACGGGCUUCACGCUCACACCUUCACCUCACAAACUCUGUGCUGCUUCCUGCAUGUGA